AUGAUCGAUAAAGAUAAGAAAUCUGAAUCCGAUAAUCCUCCAAAACGCUCAACGGAUCCACAACAACGCCAAUCGGCUGGUAUCAAAAUAAUUGUUACCGAUGAAUCGAAUACAAAAUCGAACGCCGGAAUCGAUGACAAUAUAAUCGAAAGAGAACUGAAAGCUUUAGAUGAUAAAUGUGACAGUAUAGAGUUGGCGAAGUUGAUAGAAAACGAAAGAGAAGAGUGGAGUUCGCGAGAAAUGCAACACUUGAUAUUAAUACAACUGUAUAAAAUUUUAAGAAUACUCGAGAAGAAGAAGGACUUAACUUGA